AUGCCCCGGCGCGCGCGCGGUCCCGCACCGGAGGAGGACAUGAAGGUCGCGAAGCCCUCUUCCUCCUCCGCCGCCGCCUCCUCCUCGUCGCACCCGCCGAAGCGCCAACGCGUCUCCCUCGCGUGCGACGCCUGCCGCAUGGCCCGGGAGCGCUGCGACGGCGCGCGGCCGCAGUGCGGCACCUGCACGGCUGUGGGCCGCGGCUGCUCCUACACGCCGGCGCUGCGCAAGCGCGGCAUCAAGACGGGCUACCUGCGCGCCGUCGAGCUCUCCCUGGCCUGGCUGCUGGCCCGCGCGCCCGCGGACGAGGAGGCGCUGCACCGGCUGUUCGUCGACGACGGUGGCGGCGUGGCCGACCAGCUCUUCGUCGCCAAGGGGAAGACGAGCGACCGGCUGUACAAGAAAUGGGUCGGCAGCCGGAUAUACGGUGACAUUGAUAGGAUACUGUCCGAGGACCGGCCGGCCAGGGCCGACAUGACGACGACCGACGACGACGACCACUCCGAGGUCUCCCCCGGAAGCACGGAGCACGGCCCGGGCAGCGUCGGGGGAGGGAUGGCGUCCACAUCGUCGCCCUUUGCCAAGCCGGAAGCUAGACUGUCUCAGGUCACGACCCUGACACAAAUACCAACAGCACAAAGAAUCACGUAUCCCAAGCUUCCACCUUCCUGGCGGCGUCUGGUCGACAUCUACUUCACCUACACCCACUGCUGGCUGCCCAUCGUGCAACAGGAAGAGAUCUACUUUGCCGCCAUGCUCUACACCGCCGACGGCCUGCAGAUAACCUCCAGCAGCGACCCGUACGCCACGGCCUGCCACGCCCAGCUCUGGGUCGUCCUGGCCAUGGCCUCCUUCCAGGAUGUGCAUACCCGGCGCGAGGACUCUUCCGUCGGGCGCGGCACCAGCCCGCAGCAACUCUACGAGUUUGCCAAGGGUCUGAUCCCCAACGACGACGCGAACCUGGAGCGCCCGAUGGCCUGCACGAUGCUGCUGCACGCGCUGAUCCUGAUGGGCCGGGGCAACGGCAUCGCGGCGUGGCUGAUGGUCGGCCGCGCCGCGCGGCUCAUCCUACUGACGGAGAGCGACCUCGGCGGCGGCAGCGGCGUGGACCGUGGCGCGCUGGCCAAGUGCCCCCCGCCGCCUAUUGCCUUGUUACAAACCAACUCGUCUCGAUAG